CACCCAAAAGGCCGCACCUUUUUGGCAUCUUCCGCCUUCUCAAUCCACCCAAAAACUAAAGUGAAAGAACAAAUCAAAUAGCUCCUAUUAUGUAUACAAACGCUUAUAUGGUCUCUAUUGCACUUCCAAAGAACAAACUUUUCUUUUCCUCUCUAUUUUAUGCUUAAAUUAAUACAAAGGCGGCUUCUUGCUGCUACCUCUCCACUCCAUUCAAAUAGCUCCCCAGUUGAGGAUUUUCUUCUCCAAAUUUGCUGUUUUUAUUGCUCCAAUGGCUCUCAUUCAUAAGCUACCCUCAAUUUCUUCCACCAUCUCUGGCCAAAUUCACAACAAUUUCCCCUCAAAUCCAAAACCCAUCUGCUCUUUAAGCUACAAAGCCUCGCCCUUUACAGAGAAGCACUCCACUCAAAGAUACCAACGAGACCAGUGGCUCUACAGCAACCAGCUCCACCAAUCUGCUUCAUCUUCAUGCCCUCUUGACUCCGACCCUCAAUCAAUCAGACAAAACGACAUUGCGUUGCAGCUGCCCGAGUUGAAAAGCCUUCUCCAAGUGCUCAAGGAGAAGAGAGGUGAUUGUAAUGAUGGAGGCAAAUGUGGCCCUGGAGAUGUGUUCUUGGUCGGGACAGGGCCAGGGGACCCCGAAUUGUUGACUUUGAAGGCGGUUCGAGUUAUAGAGUCUGCUGAUCUUUUGUUGUAUGAUAGAUUGGUGUCUAAUGAUGUUCUUGAGCUGGUUGGUCCCAAUGCUAGGUUGCUUUAUGUUGGCAAGACUGCUGGAUACCAUAGUAGAACGCAGGAGGAGAUACAUGAGUUGCUCUUGAGUUUUGCUGAAGCUGGAGCUACUGUUGUGAGGCUCAAAGGAGGAGAUCCUCUGGUUUUUGGUAGGGGUGGAGAGGAAAUGGAUUUUCUACAACAACAAGGAAUUCAAGUUAAAGUUAUUCCAGGUAUAACUGCUGCUUCAGGGAUUGCAGCAGAGUUGGGAAUUCCUUUAACGCACCGAGGUGUUGCAAAUAGUGUUAGAUUUCUAACAGGACAUUCAAGGAAAGGAGGUUCAGAUCCACUUUUCGUAGCAGAAAAUGCAGCUGACCCUGAUUCAACCUUGGUAGUUUAUAUGGGCUUGGCAACCCUCCCUUCUCUUGCUUUAAAGUUAAUGCAUCAUGGUCUCCCAGAAAAUACUCCAGCGGUUGCAGUGGAGCGAGGAACCACGCCUCAGCAGCGUAUGGUUUUUGCAGAAGUAAGGGAUCUUGCUGAUGAAAUUGCAUCAGCCGAGUUAGUUUCGCCAACGCUACUUAUAAUUGGAAAGGUGGUCGCACUUUCGCCAUUGUGGCCACACUCCUCAAAAGAAGUAUCUUGUUUAGUGGAGGCUGCGUAAAAUUUUUGUGGUAUCUCAAUGAUGAUUCGGCAGUGUUCGAAUCCUUUGAUGCAAUUCAGGGAUUAGCAAUUGCUGCUGCUAAUAUUCGAUAUUCUCAAAUAGGGCUUGGUUCGACCAAGCGAGCUUUAUACAUACAGGCUGCAGCAUUAUGGAUUUUCGAGUAUCUCAUGCAAGGAUCUGAAAGAAAUCUUUGAUCAUUUUGAUUACCAUCUUCUGUGAAAUGUAAGCCUCUUUGCUCUAACAGUUCUAUUAGAUUGAUCAAAACAGGCAGUAGUUGUGUUGUUGAUGUUGUAAUUCUUUCAAUUAGUGGUUGAUGUUUAUAUUAAUAAAUUAAGGGAGAAGGUGCAAAAAUGACCUUUAUUUUA